GAUUAUUAUUUUUAUUUUUAUGAAUUUCACUCUUGUACACAUGGACCCACAUACGAGUACAAAAAUGCUUUUUUUCCAGAGAGCCUCGGGAUAGAAUUCCCAGCAAAAGUUAACAGGCAAAUUCCAAGUCCAGACUGAAUGAAAUUCUCAUGUCAUGUCGUGUUCUCUACUAGUCGUCCAACCAUCCCCCUCCUUCUUUUCCAGAUUCCCUCCCUCUCUUUCUCUCUCUCUCUCAAUCUCACAGACCUCCCUCUUUCCCUUUCUUUCAUAUUCACUGCUCUCCAGAGUUCCAUUCUGACCCGUCAAUGUGGUGAAUAUUUCUGCCUCCUGCCUUCUCUGUGUCACAUUCCAGCUUCCAGGGCACAGCGUCCUCCUGACAUGGGUUAUAAAGAGAAACACAGCUCCAGUAUGCAUCUGCACAUGGCGUUAUGAUCACCUUCUACCUCCAGUGACUUUUUUGAACUGUUUUGAAUAGGCAAACAGACUCUCUAGGACAAUUUACCUUUCCAUUUUCUUCCUUCCUUCUUUGAGUUUUUUGGACUUGUAUGCAAUCUCACUUACACAGACAGCUCACUCACAAACAGUGGAAUACUCAAGUAAAACAGUCUUUUACGGCUUCAGCUCAGAUGUGUGUACUUGGACAAGAGAAAGGACAGAAUACAUUGGUGUGAGAUCGCAUAGAUGAACCACUAUGUGUCAACACGCUCCAGUUACACACAAUAAGUGAUCCAGACAGCGUCUGUGGAUGAAAUGGUUACAGCUUUCCUCAAUGAAAGGCAAGCCACUACUGAGAAGAUGGCUUUAGUAAGCAAUGCACUGGCUGCUUACUCCUUCAUAGCAGAUCACCCGGAACGGGCGGCACUGUAUUUUGUGUGUGGAGUGUGUUUGGGACUGGUUCUCACUCUCAUCGCAUUAGUGGUGCAGAUCUCCUGUCGAACCGACUGCAAAACGCAACAAGCGCCCAAGAAAACAGGAAAGACUUUGGAAAGCACCAGUGACACGAGCGACAGCGAUUCGGACUGGGACAAUACCUCUGACCUGUCGGCACGCCGCCACCGGCGCUUCGAACGGACGCUCGGUAACGUGUUUACCUCCGCCGAAGAGCUGGAGCGCGUGCAGCGACUGGAGGAACGCGAGCGGAUUAUACGGGAGAUCUGGAUGAACGGACAGCCGGACAUGCCGGGCACGCGCAGCCUGAACCGCUACUAUUGAAUUCUCUGAAGCAAUGAGACUGGGAGUUUUGAGGAAAUAUUCAACUAUACAAUUUUGGGAUACAGUAAGGGACUGAAUUAUGAGAAAAGCAAACACUUACGAA